AUGACGGAGCCCGACCCCCAACCCCCGGAACGCGCGCCCGGAACCCCCGCCGUGGACGACGACGGCGAGGAGAUCCUGUGUCGCUACUGCUUCGACGGCCCCGAGGAAGGGACGAUGCUCUCGGGAAUCUGCGCGUGCGCGGGCGGACAGAAGCACGUGCACCUCGACUGCCUUCGUCGCUGGCAGCGCAUGGUCCUCGUCUCGCAGCCGACGCACCCGGCGUUCUACGAGGACGACGUCCGGCACCACAAGUGUAACGUCUGCGCGGCGAACUUUAACAUCCCGCCGCCGACGAGGAACGAGCUCAUGCAGACCUUCACCGGCGCGGAGAUCGCCGCGCUCGUCGACGAGGGGUGCGUCAUCGGUUCCCAGCGCGCCUUCUCGGACGAGCUCGAGCGUCAACUCGUCUCGAUGCCGUUCUUCCAGAGGCUCGUGUGCGGGUACAGGAACUGGAUCAAGGGCGUGUACCUCAUCACCGGCGUGACCCCGGACGACGGCACGGUCACGCUGCCCAUACGAAGCGGCGACACGCUCGAUCAGAUUCGCGACCGUCUCCUCGUCGGCGACGCGACGACGGACGACGACGAAGGCGGCGGCGGCGGCGGCGGCGGCGGCGGCGGCGACGGCGCGACCGAGCGCGACUUAGGGUUGAUGGUCAGCGGCCGAAGGCACGUGCUCGUGAGCGUCGGCGGCGUGACGGGCGAUAAGGAGUCGUUGCGUCGCGCGCUGUGCGCCGCGCGCGCGCCCGUGGAGCUGAAACUGAGCACGGGGAAAGAGCCCGACUGCGGCGAGGACCACGUCACGGCGGUGAAUUUGGCGCGUCUGGUGCCGUUGUUCCCGGAGGAGGAGGAGGAGGAGGAGGACGAGGACGACGACGAGGAGGGGAACGACGCGGGGGUGAACUUGGAGGAGGAGGAGAUGGAAGGCGCCGCGCGCGGAAGCGACGGAAGCGACGACGACAUGGACGCGGAGGAAGAGGAGGAGGGCUCCGAGGAGGAGGAGGAGGGCUCCGAGGACGGAGACAUCUCCGAGGUGCGUUCUAUACACUGGUUCCCAUACGACCGCGUUCGCGUGGUGAACGCCGAUCCUUAA